AUGGAUUUUAGAAUUGAACACAGCAAUGAAAAUGUACCUUCUGAUCAACCAAAACCAUCAGAACUGAAGCGAACUGUUUCUGAACAUAGACCAAUACCAUCAGAACUGAAUGACACUUUUUCUGAAGAAGGUGAUAAUCAAGGUUAUGAACAACAAGAAAAUUCUUCUAAAAAACCUACUGAAAAAGAAGCAGAAGAUAUGCCUCAAAAUCGACUUGUACAACUUGCUAUAGCUUCUGAACAUGAAUCUCUUUCAAUGGUUGAUGCUAAAACUAAAAUGAAAAGGAAACAUAUUGCUGAACAAAAAAAUUUGAAAGAGAAGGACUUAACACAGAAAAAGAUGAAGGGACAAAAAGAUGAAGGACAAAGUUCAAAAAAAUCAAAAGCAAUUCUUAAGAAAAAGGAGUUGAAGGAUAAGAAGUUAAAGGAAAAUGAGUUGAAGGAAUUGAAAAAAGAGUUGAAGAUGUUGAAGGAGGAAAAAGUUGAGGAAAAGAAAAAACCUAUAAAAAAAAAGAAAGAGAGAACCAGAAACUGA